GCCACGACCGUCCCGCCUGAUCUCAAUGUAGAAGAUAUACUGGAGACAGAGGACGGGCUGCCGCGCCUGGGUACGGCGAAGGUGGGCAUGCCUGCCGGCAUGCCCACGCCGCCUUCUCGCGCAGUGCUCAAGGCCCCCGAUGCUUCAAAGUUCAUGAAGAUGUUUGAGCAGAACCAGUCCCUCCAGCAGGCUGCAGAAACUGCCCCGGGAGCUGGUGGCUUUCCUGGACGGCGAGGCCGACGGUGGACGGUGGUCGCCAACCAGGUGCACAACCUCGCCAACAUCAAGCCACCCGAAGAGGACACAAAACAGACACCCGCCGAGCGCAGCAUCAACCGAAAUUCGGUUCGGUUGGGCAACCUCCCCUCUGGGCAAAGAGCUAGCACUGCACUGCCAGGUGGCAAGGUCGGAAAUCUCGACGAUCUCUUUGACGAGGAGGAGCUCGGUCGACAGGUGGGUGGCAAUGCUGGCAACGCUUCCAGUGAUGCCCAAGCCUGGAAAGGAUGGUACAAAAUCAAAAGCAAGGCGAAGACCGCCGAUGCAGCUGAACUCGAGGCCGCUGCCUUCGGCGCGACGCGUCCCACGUCCAUCCUGGACACUCUCACCACGGCGCCCGCCGAGCAGACAGGUGCUUCGAAGGAAGUCAUCGAGGCUGCUGGAAAAUGGCAGGCUGUUUGCGAGGAGACAGAAGCAGCGACGGAAGAGAGCACCAAUUUCGCCAACGGCCUGCCACCUGGGAUCGGGAAGCUUGCGGCCGUGUUGGUGAAUCGCUUUGGUUCUUUGGAGAGAGCCUUCUACAACUUCGAUUAUAACCGCAAGGGCAAGAUCACGAGAGGUCAAUGGCAGACCGUGUUCGCCACUGUUCGCAUUGACGUGCAGGAGGUCUUCCGCAUGAUUGCUUCUUUUGGGGAAUCCACGUCGACAUUGGAGAUCUCAUUUGACCAAUGGCGCCUCUUCUUCGAAACCGAGCUCGCCGGUGGCGAAUGCGCUUUCCUUCUCUCCGAAGAUCGCGGAAGCCAAGCGCCAAAGCGAUGGGAGAAGGUGAAGAAGAUGCCCGGAAAGGCACUCAAAGCUUUGGUCGAGCACGUUGAUGAGGUGGAAGCGGCGCACACUGCUUUGCGCCGGUACAUUAGCGGGGAGGCAGUAUUGGAGGCUAGGGUGUAUGUGCCACUGCCAUUACCCUUCUACGUCAAGUGGCCAUGGUGUUUGUUAAUCUCAGCUGCUCUUGUCCACACCUUCAACGCCAGCGCCCUCCGCCUCCUCAGGGAUUCUGGCAAUUCCAGCGACGGAGAUGGGGAGUCCUCCAAGCGCCGCCGCAAAGGCAAGAGGCGAGAAGAGGAUGGAGCUCAGGGCGAUACUUCCAGUGACAGCGAUGAGGGUGGCUCUGCUUCUCGCAGGUCCCUGAAGCCAGCAACGGAGGACGGGAACUCGGCUUCAGCAUCCAGUGCUGUGGGAGAUGUGCACGGCGACGGGGACGCCGACAACGCGGCGAGCUCCGAACCCACUGCGUCCAAAGGCGGUGCAGAGACGAUGCCUUGGCCCAAAGAUGAUUCCAGCGAUUGGAGCAGCAGCUCAGAUUCCGAUGUCGCAGAGGGUGAAGCGAAAAAGGCUGCCGUCAAGAAGAGUCUCGGCGCGCAUUCGGGCGUAGAUGCACGCCGAGUCAACCGAGACAAGGUGAUGAAGGCUUUCACUGAGCGUGAUGAUACAGCCAUUGCGCAGCUGAACGACGAUGAACUUCAGGCACUGGCUGAGCAGGUGCAGCUGCAAGAGGAGAUCGAGCAGUUUGAUUUGUCGAGCAUCGAUGCCUUUGCCUACGUCCUCCUGGCAAAGAUGGGUUCCUUCAAGAGGGCCUUCAAUUGGUUCGAUUUCAACUGUUCUAAGAAAAUCACGAAUGUCACCUGGGACACAGGUAUCCUGCUGCUCCAUGUGGAUACGGAGAAGCUGACCGGGUUAAAACCCAGCAACAUCUUCUACCGCAUGGACACGUGCACCGAGGAUCCACCCACCGGAAUGAUCACCAGCACCUCGGCGACGACAUGA